UACCGUCAGUCGUCGUUUCACUAUCUGUCCGCGACAUACCGUCGAAAAGAACUGAAACCCCUUAAUCGGUUGUUAGAUAUUGAUUGCGUUUUGAUAUUCGCUGCAGCGGAUUUUCCACCUGCCAAAUUUCCCGAUUUGGUGGACUUACUCAAAUAUCGGGAGGAUUCGAGCUAGACGCGGAAAAUCAGUUUUCACGAAAUUGAUUCGUCCGGGUUUGAGGGAGAAGUACUGAAGAGAUCAAUUCUUGUUGUUGUUUCCAAGUGAUCUUGCUUGAAAAAUCUAAUCGAACUAGUUUUCCCGCAAUUCGAUUUUCUCAUUGAUAAUCUGUUCCGAGAACAACCGAUAAACGGUACUAAGGUUAUAUUUCGUCUGUUAGGGAUUGAGGCCGGCCUACGAUCCCUUGCCCUGGUCAAGAGUUUCUGUGCAAAAAAGACACGUUGAAUUUGCAGGCAGUGCUUGAAGUAUUUGACAUCAAAAUUGUUGAAAUUUUCCGCCAAGUGCUAGUGUUUUAUCUAAAAAAUUGGAAUAAUAUUGUGAUAUAUUCGUAAGUAAUUCUGUGCAAUCACUCAUCCGACGAGAGCAAAGGAGCGGCGAUCCUAAGAGCCAGGCCAAGUGUGAAAAACUUUAAAUUAUUCUACAACCAGCGGCGGAGCUUCUAAAUUCUGUGAUUACAUCAGGUGCUGUGGGCUUGCUGGAAGAAUAAGGCGAAACCGUACACUCCCCAGUCAAAUAAUAGAUACUAGUGUCCGCUGAAGAAGGAGUUUGAAAAAUUUCACCAAAAAAAAAAACGCUCGGCAGUUUAGUUCAGUUUGGAAUACAACACAAAAAUAUAAAUACACCAUUUGCGGAAAUAGUAUUUUUUUUGUUUUUGCAAAAAGAUCUUGCUGGCAGGAAUCUAGAUUGUGUUUGAAUUCUGAACAAGAAAUUAUUACCAAAACGGAUAGAGAAAUUUGCGGAUGCUACUUCAAAGUGUAAAUACAUAAAUUAAAAUGCUCGUCCCGGGACACGUAGUAUCCCUUUAUUUGGCUACUUGCGGUCAAAGCGGACCAGCACUUGGAUCUGAUGAAAAAGAAAUUAUUUUACUCACAUAUGUGAUUAUUGAUGCAGCGACAACAAAGAUCGUCGACAUACAACAGUACCUGCUGCGGCCCGAAGGGCAAUUCGGCAAAGACAGAACCUCGUCGGAAUCUUCGUCCUCGCCUACACAAAAUGAAGCUCCCGCGAAUUCCGAACUUUCCUUAGCGAUAGCUCAAAGAGCAGAUAAAACACUUAAGGAAGCUAUUGAACAUUUCGAUGCCUACGUACGCUCUCUACAAAUUGAUCCUGAAUCAUCAAAUUUUCGCAUAGUGGCUGACGGACAGUUGCCAAUCCGUCAAUGUCUACAUCGGGAAGCAUGUGCCAAAGAUAUAGAACUACCUUCAUACUAUUGUAGAUUUAGUGAUCUACGUAAAGAAUAUGUUAGAUAUAAGUCACAAGAAUUAUCACGGGCGCUGGUGCCCGUUAAGGAUAUUAAAAAAUUGCCACAGAUGCCACCGCUGCCACCAUUGCCACUUAGUAUAGCGGAAAUGUUAAAAGAGCUAGAUUUAACAUCAUUCGAUGAUCCAGAUUUCUACAUCAAAGAGUCUCGUGAUAUGGUUACGGUCAUUCAAGCCCUACUAACUGCUGGUCACAAAUUUGAAUCAAAUGAAAUUGUUAACUUGACAUUAGAACCUGGUAUUUGCUCAAUUGAUGACGAGAUUGACGGUUCUUGUAUAGUACGUGCCCGUGGCUUACCUUGGCAAAGCAGCGAUCAAGAUAUAGCAAAAUUCUUUAGAGGACUUAAUGUAGCAAAAGGCGGAGUAGCUCUUUGUUUAUCACCACAAGGCCGUCGCAACGGAGAAGCUCUGGUUCGUUUCGUAUCUCAAGAACAUCGCGAUAUGGCCCUCAAACGUCAUAAGCAUCAUAUCGGAAACCGAUAUAUCGAAGUUUAUCGGGCUACCGGGGAUGACUUCCUGGCAGUAGCGGGCGGCGCAUCCAAUGAGGCGCAGGCAUUCCUCUCGAAAGGAGCUCAAGUGAUAAUUCGAAUGCGAGGACUUCCCUAUGAUUGCACAGCAAAACAAGUUUUGGACUUUUUCACUACGGGUGAGAAUCCUUGUAAUGUGCUUGAUGGAACGGAUGGCGUAUUAUUCGUAAAAAAACCUGAUGGCCGGGCAACUGGAGAUGCAUUCGUGCUAUUUGCAGCAGAAUCAGAUACACCUAAAGCUCUUUCUAGGCAUCGAGAAUCAAUUGGACAACGAUAUAUUGAGCUAUUCCGAUCAACAAUUGCAGAAGUACAACAAGUCCUAAAUCGGUCGAUGGACCCGAAAACUUAUGAGCCCCCACAACCGCCUUUGAUAGCACAGAUGCCUCCGGUACCUAUGCCGCUCAUACCACAGGUUUCUUUUACUAUCAGCGAACAUGUAAUAACGUCAGGUUCUGCUAAAAACUGCAUUAGACUGCGUGGUCUUCCAUACGAGGCACGUGUUGAACACAUCCUCCAUUUUUUAGAAGAAUUUGCAAAGAAUAUUUUAUAUCAAGGUGUACAUAUGGUUUAUAAUGCGCAGGGUCAACCAAGUGGAGAAGCUUUCAUACAAAUGGAUUCUGAAGAAGCCGCACGUAAAUCUGCCGAAAAGAAGCAUACUCAGUUCAUGGUAUUCGGUAAAAAAUAUCGUUACAUCGAAGUGUUUCAAUGUUCCGGAGAUGAUAUGAAUCUAGUGCUUAAUGGAGGACUCCAGCCACCAGUGACACCGUCAAAAGCGCCACUACUUUCACCUGGUGGAACACUUGUCGGACCACCCUUUGGAGGUUUCCCAGCGUUUGGACCACCUGCAGCGAUCAUUCCACCACCACGGACGCAUACAUUUUACUCGCAGCCAUUCGUAUAUUGGGGCUAUCCGAGCCCACCGGUCUCACCUACUACUUACUACGGCCCUGCUCCACCGCCACCGCCCCACGUAGCUGCAAACAUACCACCCCAACAUCAAGCUGCACUGUUUCCGGUCGAUUUCAUUCCUCCGACAUAUCAACCAUCGCCAGCGUCCCCAUCACAACCACCCACCGUAGUAACCACAUCAAUGGCAACAGCCGCAUCGCAUCCUCCACCACAACCACCACAGUUUCAUCCUCAAUUUCACCCUAUAACAGCAGCCGCAGUCGCUCCAAUCACAACUGCCACUGUCGCUGCGACACCAACAGCGAUUCAGCAGCACCAACACCUGCAGCAACAACAGCAACAAUACGCCGCUCAGCAGCACAACCACCACCAUCAUCAACAACAACAUCAACAACAACUACAUCAACAGUCCCACCACAAUCAGCAGUCAUCCAUAUCCCAGCAGCAUCAACCCUUAUCUAGUGCAACAGCAACCACCGCUUCAUCCCCAGCAACAACUCCUCCAAGCGGGGGGAGUGGGACCCUUUCAGCAGCACACCACCAACACCUUCUUACUAUUGACACCAAUCCACCAUCAGCGGUAUCUGGCUACGAAAAGCUGGGCACACCUCGAGUGCUGACCCCCUCCGGUCCCUUAGCUUCUCAAUAUCUGGUAUCAGCCACAGCCGUUGCAGUUCCUCAACCGCAUCCUUUGCAAACUACAUCGCAUCCCAUCUUGGCAGUCGCUCCGGCAGCGCUUCCACCAAAUCAAUGCGUUGAACUCUUCAUAGCUUGAGCUGGUAAACUGGUUUCAACCCACUCUUCAUUCCAACAUUUCCAACUAAACACCAAAAACAUCGACCCAAGCUGUAUCAAUUCUUUUGGCAACAAAGUGUUAUAUUAUUUCUGUAAUUUUUGACUUAACUUUUAAUUUAAAGACAUAACACAUCUAGAAUGAUAAGUGCAAUAAGCAAGAUGCAAGCUUAGCGAAUUUUUUUCAAACUCGAAAAGAUACUUAAAUUUUCAUAUUUCCAAGAGAUAUUUUUAGAUAAAACGUUGUUAUUGUUGUUUUAUAGGAAUAUAUAUUUUUUAAAUAAAUUAUUAGAAAUUAUUUUAUAGGUUUGUUGCUUGAGCAUAGCAAAAAGAGAAAACAUGAUAUGAAGCCUGAGUUUCCGUGGAAAAUGGUAACUACAUCCUUCUUGGAUUAAUUCAGAGUCUAUAAAUGAAUUAAUUGAAAGUAAAAUUAAAAUAAAAGUAAAAAAUGGUAAAUUUAUAAUAUCAUAAAUCAUAUUAUAAUGUAUUAUAAUAAUUUAUAAAUAAAUCCUAAAUUCAAAUAAACUUUCCUUACAUAUUUUAACCAUCAGCAAUUAAAAUUAAAAGGAAGUAUGAAAAAGUAGUUUGUUGAUCAAACUUCAGCUUUUAUUAUAAUUCCGAAUUGAAAAUUAAAAACUAAAAGGAUAAUUUACAGUAAGCUUAUUCCUGCCAACCUCCAGACUUCAUAGCGUAUUUUCUCUAUAAAACUGUUAAACGCAAUUUAUUUAAGUUACCGUCAAUAUGAUAUUUUAAUAUAAGCCGAUAUAUCAUCGAUAUGUUUUUACUUUUAAACAAAUUGAAAAUAAGUUUUAUUGAAACACUAGGCGACAUAAAAAAUUGAUAAAUUCUAAAGUAAUAUAUUUCUAUAAAUUAGAAUUAAUUACAAAAGGCAAAUGCAUUUGAUAACGACAAAAUCAUGAAAGUCUUCCAACUUUUAAUUUGCUCAAAACGAAUAUUGAGCACUUUUUUAGCAUAAAUAGACUUUAAAAUAUAUAAGAAAGAAUACAUAUACAUAUAUAUAGGCGGAACAUUUUGAUAAUGAUAAAACCUAUAAUUACAUUAAAUUUUAUCAGUUUCUUAAGAGAAAAAUAAAAAAGAAAUGAAUCUCGAAUCAACGUUGGUGCUCGACUAUUUAUAAUGAAAUAAAUGACUUCAAUCUAAUGAUUUAAAUUAGCUAAUUUUCUAAAUUCAACAACAAUGAAUGCAUGUACCAACAAUUAUAGUUUUAAGAAAAUAUAUAGUGAUGUUAUUACUCUGUAUGGAAUAGAUCCGAGUAAAUAAAAUAGACCAAUUUGUUGCUAAAUUAUAUUAUUAAAAGUUUAAAAUAUACACAUUCGUUGAAAAUAUAAAAUCAUUGUCAUAUUUAAAUUGAAAAUCAUGAUUUAAAAAUUCUAUACUCCCUCUAGACUUAGGCUCUGUUUGGCAAAAAAACAAAAACUUUUCGAAAUUAUGUAGUGACUAGUCAAAAAUGAUUUCUGGCCUGUAAAUUCUUAAACUGCUUUAUAUCCAUUUGUUGAAAAUACUUACCUGAAAUCUAAGCAAUCAAUAAAUUUUGGUUGCAAUAAAGUUAGUUAGAUAUGAACAUAAAAUAAAAGUUCUUUUGCAAGUUUAAAGUGCACAUUAAAUACCUUAAAAUUCUAUUUAUUCAAACAUUUGAGUGAAAAAAAAAAUUAUUAUUUUUAUAAUGCUUUACACCUUCCUUGUCUGUUGGUGAAAAUAAGCAAUUGUUAUAUUAUUUCUUGUUUUUUUCUUGUUAAAAUCCAAAUAUUAAUGUUUUAUUUGACAUAUCUGCUAUACAAAGCGAUAAAUAUUUUUUUUUAAAGAAAAUAUUCAAUUUAUACGAAAAUAUGUAAGCUUAUGUAGAUCCAUAAAUGCAUGCUCCGAAGUGUUAUAAAAUUAAUGAUUAUUUACAAUUAUUAAGCAAAUUGUUGUAAUUUUGUAAUUUCAUUUUAGUUUUAUUUAAUAUUGGACAAUGUUUAUUAUUUUAUCAGAAAAUCAAAGCAGAAUAUUUGAAUAUGAAAUAAAAAUUGCGUUGUGCAUUUUAUAUUAUUUAAGGAUAUUAAGACGUAGGAAAUUAUGAUAUUAAUAAAGAAUUCGUAAAAA